AGGGCCGGCCUCGGCGAGGGCAGCGCAGCGUGCUCUCGCGGGGGAGGCGCAGAGCCGGCGCUCCCCGUCCCGGCCGCGGCAUGAGCGGGGUGCUGCAGGCAGCGCUGCGGCGGCUGCGCCCCCCGCGGCGCGGCGGCUGGUCCGUCCCGCCCGGUGCGGCCGCCCUGCGGCCCCUCGGCGGCGGCGCGGGCGCCCGGGGCCGGGAAGAAAAUCCAUCUCCUUCCUUGGGGAAAGAUAGAGCAGACACAGUGAUCAUCGGCGGUGGUUGCAUUGGUGUGAGUCUAGCCUAUCACUUGUCUAAAGCUGGCAUGAAGGAUGUUGUUCUGCUGGAAAAAUCUGAGCUCACUGCAGGAUCUACUUGGCAUGCAGCUGGUUUAACUACUUACUUUCAUCCUGGAAUAAACCUGAAGAAAAUCCAUUCUUACAGCAUCAAACUAUAUGAAAAGCUGGAAGAAGAGACUGGACAGGUUGUGGGGUUUCAUCAGCCUGGCAGCAUCAGAAUUGCUUCAACCCCUACUAGGGUGGAUGAAUUCAAAUAUCAAAUGACUCGUGCUGGUUGGCACCCAACAGAGCAGUACUUAAUCACGCCUGAGAAAGUGCAAGAGUUGUUUCCCUUACUGAACAUGGAUACGGUUUUGGCUGGCCUGUAUAACCCUGGAGAUGGUCAUAUUGAUCCCUACUCUCUCACUAUGGCCUUGGCUGCAGGAGCCAGAAAAUACGGUGCUCAGUUAAAUUACCCAGUCCAAGUGACUAAUCUGAACUGCCGAUCAGAUGGGACGUGGGAAGUUGAAACUCCGCUUGGAGUAAUUCAGGCAAAAAGAGUCGUGAACACUGCAGGCUUCUGGGCCCGUGAAGUAGGCAAGAUGAUUGGUCUGCAGCACCCUCUCAUACCAGUUCAUCACCAGUAUAUUGUGACAUCAAGUAUCCCUGAAGUGAAAGCCCUGAAAAGAGAACUGCCUGUGAUUCGUGACUUAGAAGGAUCAUAUUAUCUAAGGCAAGAAAGGGAUGGACUUUUAUUUGGUCCAUAUGAAAGACAGGAGAAGAUGAAGCUACAGGACUCAUGGGUAACAAAUGGAGUCCCACCUGGUUUUGGAAAAGAACUUUUUGAAUCUGAUUUAGACAGAAUAAUGGAACAUAUUGAGACUGCUAUGGAAAUGGUACCUGUUCUGAAACAAGCAGACAUCAUAAACACAAUUGCGGGUCCUAUCACCUAUUCUCCAGACAUUCUUCCUAUGGUGGGACCACAUCAGGGUGUCAGAAAUUACUGGGUAGCUAUUGGUUUUGGAUAUGGCAUUAUACAUGCUGGUGGAAUAGGAAAGUACCUCAGCGACUGGAUCCUUGAGGAGGAGCCUCCAUUUGACUUGAUAGAAUUGGAUCCAAAUCGCUAUGGGAAGUGGACUACCACAGAAUACACAGCAGCCAAAGCAAGAGAAUCUUAUGGAUUUAAUAACAUAGUUGGUUAUCCUAAAGAAGAAAGAUUUGCUGGAAGACCAACAGAAAGAGUCAGUGAGCUUUAUGAUUUACUGAAGUCGAAAUGUUCAAUGGGCUUUCAUGCAGGAUGGGAACAACCCCAUUGGUUCUACAAACCUGGAGAUGAGACUGGAUACAAACCCAGUUUUCGGCGCACAAACUGGUUUGACCCUGUGGGUCGUGAGUAUAAACAGGUUAUGGAGAAAGUCGGUGUGAUUGACCUGUCACCAUUUGGCAAGUUUAAAGUAAAAGGCACUGAUUCUGUUAAACUGCUGGAUCAUCUAUUUGCAAAUGUUGUUCCAAAGGUGGGUUCUACAAAUAUAAGUCAUAUGUUAACACCAAGAGGAAAAGUUUACGCUGAACUAACGGUCUCUCAGCUGUAUCCAGGAGAAUUUAUGCUCGUGACUGGCUCUGGGUCGGAACUCCAUGAUCUGAGAUGGAUAGAAGAAGAGGUGGUCAGAGGUGGAUACAAAGUUGAUAUAGAAAACAUGACAGAUGAGAUGGGAGUACUUGGUGUAGCAGGUCCGUAUGCACGGCAUGUCCUCCAGAAGUUGACAGCUGAGGAUCUGAGUGACAGUUCAUUCAAGUUUCUCCAGUCCAGACAUUUGAAACUUUCUGAUAUUUCUGUUACUGCUAUUAGGAUAUCCUACACAGGUGAACUGGGCUGGGAGCUCUAUCACAGAAAAGAAGAUUCUGUAGCUCUUUACAGUGCUAUCAUGGAAGCUGGGCAAAAAGAGCAAAUUGACAACUUUGGAACAUACGCUCUGAAUGCUUUAAGGUUGGAAAAGGGUUUCCGAGCCUGGGGGGCAGAGAUGAACUGUGACACUAAUCCUUUGGAAGCUGGACUGGAAUAUUUUAUAAAGCUAAACAAGCCAGCAGACUUUAUAGGAAAGCAAGUGCUGAAGCAGAUUAAAGAAAAGGGGUUGAAACGGCGAUUGGCAUAUCUCAUGCUGGAAACAGAUAACAUUGAUCCAGAGGGAAAUGAAAGUGUGUGGCAUAAUGGCAAGGUUAUUGGCAAUACCACAUCUGGCUGUUUCAGCUACUGUGCUCAGCAGAGUCUGGCUUUUGCAUAUGUUCCCACAGAACUUAGCAAAGUUGGACAGAAUUUGGAAGUUGAACUUUUAGGAAAGAAUUAUUCAGCAACUAUUAUAAAAGAGCCAUUGGUGCUGACUGAACCAACGAGAACCUGCCUGCAGAGAAAGGGUAGAAGUCCCAAAGCGUGAACACAGAUGGUGGGUACAGGAAAUUGUGCAGUAAGAAAUAGUUCUAUUUAUAGCCAUGAAAUUAAGAAAAUCAGACUACUCAGAUUCAUUAAUCACUAAAUGCAAGAUGCCAUGUCAGUGAGGAAUUUUAUGGUGUUGCCUUCUUGCUUCCUUUUAUGGGCUAUUCACAUCAGAGAUCUGAGCACAGUUAAUGAACUGCUGUGCAUGCCUCCUUCUCAAUAGCAGUUGUGAGCAGAAAGUGGCUGGGAAUGAGUAGAUCCUCUAUUCAGCUUGUCCACACGCUGUCCAGGAGAUCUGAGCAGGGGAGAAAAUUGCUUUUGGUACUGGCCAAUAGCAAAUUCUUUCUCCUUGAGACAUAGUUCCUCCCUUGCCUCUCUUUGGGGUAAAGUACUUUAUCAUUGCUCCUUGAUGUCACAAACUUAUCAUUAAAAUAGUAUCACUAGCUCUGCACAGAAAUGCUGUCUAAAGUACUGAAAUAAAAUUCAACAAUGGUUAAAAAAUAAUAAUUAAAGGGAAACUGAACUGUUAACAUUGCUUCCCAAUGUGUUAUCACAGCAGAAAUUCUGACAGAAGAUCAAAAUUUAGUUCUUCCUAAUUAAACAUUUAGAGGAAGCCCAUUCUUUAUGGUCAUUAUUUUAUAUGGAUCUUCUAGUAGAUUACAUGUAAUAUUUUACAACACACAUGGUGUUAUUGCUCAAUCUCUGGAUAGAACUAAAAAGUACUGCAUGAUGGAGCACUGAUUUAAUGGUCUAAAUAUGAAGAUUUAGACACUGAAGAACUGUUUGUCCUUUUCCUGUUAAUUAUAUCAAUGUUAAAUAUUUGAUAACCUGAAUAAGCAGGAUUGGGAUAAUAUAAGCAACAGGAACACAAUAAAUGAUUAAAACACA